AUGUCUGAACGGAAGCAGUCUGCGAUGACAUCCCCAGAUGCCGAAGUAAGUAUGGGGCAAAGCUCCACUGACGCAGACGCAGACGCCGACGCCGAACGGGCAUACCGCAGAAAAGUGGACCUGUGGGUAUUGCCAAUGCUGUGCCUGAUGUACUUCUUUGAUUGCAUGGAUCGCAGUAACUUGGCAAAUGCCAAAACCGACGGUCUCGACGACGACUUGCAUUUUCAGGGCAAUGAUUACUCGUUACUGAUUCUUCUCUUCUAUAUUCCAUUCGGCCUCUUUGACCUGCCAUGGAACCUGCUGAUGAAGCGCUAUUCGGGUCGAAUUAUGCUCUCAUCCAGUAAGCUCAUCCCAAGACACGGCGCCGAGGAAAUAGCUAAAUCGUCCGUUGUGAUUCCUCCAGUGUCCGUGGUUUGGGGUAUUCUUGCCCUUUGCCAGUGUGCCGCUAAGAACUUUGGUUCAUUACUUGUCAUUCGUAUCAUUCUCGGCAUUUUUGAGGCAGGUUUCUUUGCUGGAGCCACCUUUUACUUGACCCUUUUCUACACUCGCGGGGAAAUGGGUUUUCGCUUGGCCAUUGUACAGUCAUUCGCUGUUCUGGCUUCAGCAUUUAGUGGACUGAUCUCCUUCGGUGUAUUCCAAAUUGACAGUCCCUCGGUGAAAGGGUGGCAGUACUUAUUUAUCAUCGAGGGGGGAAUGACCUUGAUAAUUGGGGUUUUCGGCUUUCUGGUGCUCCCAGAUAACCCACAACAGGCAUGGUUCCUGAACGGUAGGGAGAGAGAGGCAGCCACUGCUCGACUCCUUCGAGACUCUUCAUCAGAGGUUGCGACCAAGUUCAAUCUUAAAGCUUGCUUUCAGUCUUGGGGCGACUGGCAGUUCCCCAUUUGGUGUAUCAUAUCGUUCACCUACCCAGUUGCUUACGCAACCGCAAUGAACUUCUUCCCUCUAAUUGUGCAACGUCUCGGGUACUCUGUUGUCAAGACCAAUUUGUGGACGGUUGCCCCAAAUCUUGUGGGCGCAGUGGUGUUGCUCGGCGUCGCCAAAUCAUCCGACUAUUUCCGCGAGCGAACCUUUCACAUUGUAUUCUCUCUCACCCUCUCCCUUGUGGGGAUGGUUAUUCUAGUUGCAAUGGAUGUUCUUCACCAUAAGGGAGUGGCCUAUUUUGCUUGUUUUCUCAUGGCAUCUGGCGCAUAUAUCCCAUCAUGCCUGGUUCAUGCUUGGCAUAAUAACAACAACGUCCAUGAAAACUCCCGCGCGGCCAAUACGGGGUUUCUGGUGGGUUUGGGGAAUCUCGCCGGUGUCGUGAGUGCCGCUACGUUUCGGACUGAGUACGCCCCCAACUCCCAACUGCCACUCCCACCGAUUCGAGGGCGCGAUUACUCCAGAUCCAUUUGCAACACAAUGAAGAAUCACGCUUGUGAAUAUCCCGGCUGCGACAAAAGCUUCACUCGCGCCGAGCACCUCCGUCGGCAUGCACUCAAUCAUGAACAGCCACGCAAGGGCUUUACCUGUAAGCGCUGCACGGUCCACUUUCAGCGUCCGGAUCUACUCGCCCGACACAUGCUGCGUCAUGACAAACGAGAUGAAGAAGCCGGCGGUCCAGGGCUAGGCGUCCUGAACACACGCAAGAGGACUCGCAGAGCUCGGGAUGGCACCAUCAUAGUGCGCCCCUCGCAGCGAGAGAUGCGGUCGGUAGCACGUUCGACAACCGCUUCCUUGUCGUCGGGCCAGGAUCUCGUAGCAGAGGAAGAGGAAGAGCCCAUGGACGAGGCCCCCAUAUCACCGCCGAUUUCUGGCACCGAUCCCACCUCCCUGCCGAUUGUCGAGACGGAUCCAUUUCUAGCGCCAAUGAUGCCCGGUGGUCCCUUUGAACCCUAUGUGGAGCCGAUUCCAGGGCAGUUUGAUGCAGCCGACGGUUCAUUCAAUGUCGGGUUGGGUGGCAUGGGCGAUUUCUUCAGCACGGACACAGCAACCGACUUCAAUCUUCCUUUUGCAGCGACCUGCAACUACAACUGGCUAUUCGAUGUCGCCUCCCUGGAUGAUGCCUUUCAUCAAUUCGAUUUCCCGCUCGGCUUCGAUACAGAGCCGUUCCCUGGCGCACUUAACACGGACUACAAUCAGGCAGUGGAGAAGUACGAUGGCCCAUCCGCCUUGUUAGAGGUAGCAUCUAUGAUGAACAAAGGACAAAUGCCACAGUCGGCCCUGUCCCCGAUUAUGCCUGAGAUCCUGGAGACAGACUGGAUGUCCGGGACUUCUUUUCUGGGGCCCAGUCCGCCGCCACACUUGCCACGACUGUCGGAGAAUUGCCGGCGAGGCAUCCUAUCCCUGGUGAUGCAGGUAUCCCCUGUCGGUAUCGACGGUCGGCCACGGACGCUGGACUCGCCUCUGCUGACCCUGGGGGCUUUGCAAAGCUACUGUGAUCUCUUCUUCACGCGCUUCAAUGUUACAUAUCCCCUUGUCCAUGAGGCAACCUUCAACCCAGAAACCGUGGACCCAAUUUUCCUUGCGGCUGUUCUCUUCAUGGGAGCGACCUACAGCACGCGUGAGGCUCAUCAGCUCGCCGUGGGGAUCCACGACAAACUUCGCAACCAGCUUUUGUGCCAUGACGAGUUCUCACCACAGCCAGAGUUCUGGGUCUUGCAAGCCAUGCUCCUCAUUGACUGCUUUGGAAAGAUGAGGGCCGGUCCCAAGCAGCGCGAGCGCGCUCAGCUCUUCCACUGUGUCCUCAUUAAGCUCAUUCGCCGUAGUAACUGCUGCAGUAUACAAGACUCGCCUCAUCUCGCGCGAUCGGAGGAUAUCGAUCAGGCAUGGCGACAGGCGAUGGAUGCAGAACAGCGGAAAAGGCUGGCAAUGCUUUGCUUUAUGUGGGACACGCAGCACGCGGUUCUCUUCUCGCAAUCCCUCUGCAUGUCCGCAUUUGAGAUCCGGUCUGGUUUGCCCUGUAGCGCUGCCACCUGGGAAGCAUCGUCCGCUCGAGAGUGGGCGCACCUCGCUUCCCGUGAAACAAACCGACCGUUCCUCGCCGUUCUCAAAGGCUACAUCACCCCAGGAUCGGUGUCUCGACCCCGAGACCUCAAUGUCUUUGCUCGCACGGUGAUCCUCCAUGGCUUGAUGUCGGUAUCAGCCGAUCUCAAGCGACGAGAUCAAACCACACUACGGUCAGAAACGCCAGAUCGGGUGGGUGCGUGGACGCCACGAAUGAGCCGGUCCUAUGUUCUAUGGAAAGUAGACUUUGAUGCAGAUUGCCUGGCUAUGAAACUGGCACAGACAGCAGAUCCACGUCGUUUCACCGGGUUGAAAAUGGCAGCCCAUGCGCUCUAUCAUGCCUCCUGCCUGGCAUUAAAUGUGGAGAUCCUCGACUUGCAGAUUGUCGCGGGAGCAGUGCAGAUUCUCGGACGAACAGUCACUCCCGCCGACCAGUCAAGGUCUCAGCAGAAUAUCGUUCGUUGGCUACACGAUGACUCCGGGGCAUCGACCGCUGUGGCACGGCAUGCAUCCCAUCUGCUGCAGGAUGCGGUGUUGAGUCUUCAUGACUGGGACCAGGCAGAUGCCUUUCAUUUUCCCUGGUGUCUCUACUUGGCUACAUUAGCCUGCUGGGUCUUUCAUCGGGGCAUGGAUCCUUCGUCCUCCGAACCCCGACUGAAUACCGAUCUGUCUUCACUUAUUGUCAUGAUGACCAACUGCCCCAGCACUACGGAGCUGGCUGCACUGUCCGGAAAGUAUGAUCCCAAACCGUUAGUAGCAGCGAUGGCACAGCAACUAGCGACGGUCCGCUGGGCAGUGGUUCAUGAUGCCAUGAAAGUACUAGUAGCCUUAUCUUAA